ACGCCGUGUUCGCCGACCUCUCCCUCUCCCGCCGCCGCCUGGACACCGCCUCGUCCGCCGCUCCGCCUCCACGCCUCAGCACGAAUCCCCUCGGCCCCAUGUUGUCUCUCCGCAGGCGGGCCGCCGCCGUGCAGCCCUCCUCGUCCCGCCACCUGCAGCGCCGUCUAUCCGUGUCUCCUUCCGCCGGACCGCGCCACCACGAAUCAUUCUUCUAUCCCAGCCGCCACCGUCGCCUGCCUCUCUUCCGAGCUGGCGCCAGGGCUCGGAUGAUGUCUUCUUGUCUCGAGCAUCAUGCUUUUAUCACGAGGACUGGUUUGUCUGCGAAACCCAAUGUUGUGAACACUCUUCGUAAAGCUGAUUGGCAGCGAGCAUCCAUUAUGCUAUCGAAUCUUCAGCAAACCAAGGAAGCAUUACUUCGCAAGAUUUGUUUCUAUAUAUUGGAGCACUGUGCAGAAGCACCUGGUCCUUUGGUAAAAUCUACUGCUGGAUGCAUAUUUUACCGAAAACAUGGAGUUUGCUAGUCAUUUUGGGCAGUUCUAUUUUUUGGGGAUCUUUUUCCAUAUGUAUAGUUUGCUAUGGAGAUGUUGGAGAUCGUUGAGAAGAAGGCCAUAGAUAUUGGUAAAGGCAAUUACAGAUCUGUCACUCGAGCACUCACUGAAGGAGGGUAUUGCAAUGAGGUUGCAGUUUUGCAGAGAAAUUUGUCUGCUAGGUAUUAUAGUCCAAGCAUUAUUACUAUGAGGAAAUUUCGUGAAGGCUUUCUCUACAUUAGGUGACCUUGAAUCUGCAGUGUAUGGUCAUAUCUUGCAGCGUAUGGUAGUCCUUGCUGGAGAAGGCACUGACCAUCCGAGGGUGUCUUCUAAAAGGAGAUGCCAAUCAAAAAGAUUAGACAUUUCUGUACCUGCUUUCAAUGGAGUGGAAGAUCUCAAACUUGUAUCAGACUAUGAUCUGCCAUCGUCAUUUCAAGGAAAGAUGGGAACCGAAGAAUAUUUGGUUGAUGCUAAGCCGGAACCGUUCCAGGUGGAAACUCAAUCAUCAAAACAUAAGCAAGUCAUUUAUUUCUGCUGUCUUAUUCCAGGUGACAAUCUUGCUGACAAUUCUGGACUAGGCAGUGGGAGGGUGACAAAGACAUUCAGUUUUGCACCAGUUGCAGUAAAGAACAUCUUGCGAUGGACUUUCAAUGAUAUCUACAUAUGUGCUUGCAACUUGACAACUGCCAGUUGUCUGAGCAAUUAUUUCUAGAGAGGAACCCCCGCAUCAACGAGAACCCUAGCGGCCGCCGUCCUCCAUCUUGCUCGCCGCGGUUGCCGUUCUUCAUCUCGCUGGCCGCGGGUGCCGUCCUCCGCUGCGGCCCCAACACCUUCUCUACGUUGUCUCUGUCCUGCGUCGCCGGCCAGGCCCCAACGGCGACCGGCGUGGCAAGGUGCCGCGCCGGCACCACCCAGUGAGGAGCCUGGGCCCUGUAGCCUGCGUUCUCGUCCGCACUCACCAUGUCGCGCUGGACCAUGUCACCAGCGCCCUCCAGUUACAUGAAAGAAAUCGUAUCUGAAGAUCCAGCAAGCAGCAUGCCUCUAUUCCCGGUGCUGGCAAGGUCUGAGAAUGGCACCGCUGCCAACCAGUUCCACGUGCUCAACUCUAGCAGCGGCGGCUCUGCCAGACAGGCGAACGACGCCCCGAAGUUGGGCCGUUCGGUGCCGGUGCACGCCAUGACCACUUACAGCCCUCCGGCCACCGGCUGGGCUUCAGCGAUGGCAGUGGCCCUGCGUCCUCCGUUCGGAGCUGUGACGUCACCGAUGCAACAGACGCCCCCGGCGCACCUGCUGCAGCAGCUCAUGAUCUUAGCGGGGUCGUCUUCGCGGGCGCCGUGGAUGCAGAGCUACACGCAGGCAGGCCAGCCACCAUCGCUAUUCUCCCCUCCAGGAGAGCCCGUGGUAUGCUCUGCUUCUCCACAGAUACCGGCAGCUAGCUCUGGCGCCGUCCAUGGCGCCAUCUCCGCUGUACAGAGCUAUGCCAGCGGCAGCCACUUCAAUCCCAUGGACAUCGGUGCCGGCCGUGCCAUCGCAGCCAUACAAAGUGACGCCGGCGGAAUGCACAGUAGUCCCAGGGGCAACGGCGCCGGUUGUGGCACCAGCGCCAUUGAAAAAAGCGACGCCGGCGGUAAUCCCAGGGGCACUGUCGCCGGCUGCGGUAGACUGGCGAGCGCGCGGUCACUCGAGAUCGCCCCUGUCAGUACCACUGCCAUGCCACAGGCCGUGGGUGAUGGAGACACCGCUGCGAUGCAAGUUCUGGGCCCUGUGUUGGCCAUGCCGACCACCGGAGCUGCUGCCAAAAGGAAGGCUGCAGUUCGAUCGCCAAACGGCCGCCUACGGAAGCCACGCACGCCCAUGGUGAGCAGGGGCACUCCUGCGGGGCCUAAGAAGGUCCCCAACAAGAAUGUCGUUGCCAUCUCCGGUGAACCGGCAGGCACGCAAACUGGUGCCCAAGGCAAUGAACUGCCGAAGGCUGUCUCCCCCGCGGCGCCGCUGACCAAAGGCAGGAAGAGGAAGAGCGUGGCCUCCGGCGCCGCACCCUCACUGGCAUCAAUGGCGCCGAGCAGCGCAGCCACCCGGUGCAGCCUCGUCACCAGGCGAAACAACAGAAGCAGCAGCACGGCGUCCACAGCGCGAGCAAAGAAGCACACCAUCCUGACAUGGCUGAUGGACAGCGGUGUGCUCAAGGAGAAAGAGAAGAUGUUCUACAUGACGAGGCCGGAGCUUGCUGCUGCAGGCAACAACAGCAACUGCGGCACCGCAAAAGUCGUCACUGGCACGGUCACCCGGGCCGGCAUUCACUGCAGCUGCUGCAACACCGCCAUGCCGCUCCCAGCUUUCACCUCCCACAUCGGCUUCAGUGACGAGACAUCGCAGCCGCUAGCGUGGGAGCAGCUCCUGCUCACGUCCGGCAAGCGGCUGCUGUGGUAUGUGCAAGAGGCGUGGAAGAAAGAGAGCAUGAGGAUAUUCCCCGCGGAGGAGAAGGCGGUGCUGGAGCAGGACAGGGACAGUAGCGCGCAGGCGAAGAAGAAGCUGAUUCUCAACGCCAGUCGAUGCAGGAAAUACGAUCUCGCCGUUGAGGGGGUCAAUGGUGGCGGGGACCAGAGUGACGAUGCGUGCGGCGUGUGUGCGGACGGCGGGCAACUGCUGUGCUGUGACAGCUGCCCGUCGACGUUCCACCCGGAGUGCCUCGGCGUGCAGGUGCCUGAAGGCUCCUGGGUCUGCCACUACUGCCGGUGCUUUGUGUGUCUCGCCCGCGAUGAUUGCCAUGACGGCGGCCUGUCCACGUGCCAGCAGUGCGCUCGCAAAUAUCACCAACAAUGCCACCCGUCCCUGUUAGCCGGGCACGAGAUCAGCCCCUACUGCAGCAAAACCUGCAACAAGAUGGCUGCGAAGCUGGCUAAUAUAUUGGGAGCUACAAAUGCCGCCGGUGGAGAAGGCUUCUCAUGGUCCCUACUGAAGAUCCACAAGGACUCUACGCCUGGCUCCUCCUCAGAUUCUUGCUCCGACAUUGCCAUACUCGAGCGCAACGGGAAGCUGGCGGUGGCGCUGGGCGUGCUGAACAAGUGCUUCAACCCCAUGAAGGACAGGCGGACCGGCAUGGACAUGCUACACCAAGCUGUGUACAGCCUAGGAUCGGAGUUCAAGCGGCUGAGCUACGAAGGAUUCUACACCAUGGUCCUGGAGAAGGAUGCGGAGAUCAUCUCAGUGGCAUUGGUCAGGUUUCACGGCAGCAAAUUGGCGGAGAUGCCGUUCGCGGGCACGCUGCCGCACUACCAGAGGCAGGGGAUGAUGCGCCGCCUUGUCAACGCCGUCGAGCAGGUGCUGUCGAUGUUGGAGGUGGAGAACCUGCUGAUACCGGCGGUGCCCGAGGUGGUGGACACGUGGAAGCGUUCAUUCGGCUUCGCGCCCGUGGAACCGCGGCUGAGGGAGGAGACCAAACAACUCAGCAUGGUCAUUGUCACCGGCACCACACUCCUCCAGAAACGCAUCAUCGCCGCUGCUGCGUCACCCUCCUCGAAGCAGCAACCACAUGCUGAGGACCAGGGUCAGGCGGCACCAGCGGCGCCGCCGAUGAGCGAGGACGAGCUGGCGUUCCUGGAGAUGGUCUGGCCGGUCUGCAGCUUCACCGACCUCGUUGCCGGGAUUGCCUACUCCCCACGCCCAUUCUGCGCAGACCCGCUGGCCGCGGCCGUCAGGGCUCCCGUGGGCAGUGGUUGUAGCCUGGGGAGGAGCUCUGCUGGUGGUGGCGCUGGGGAGCGGCGGUCCUGUGGCAGCCAGGCGGCGGGCAGCUCUGGCGGCGGUUGCAGUAGCAGCGUGUCCAAGAUCUACGCUGCGGCCGCGCGCGGCGGCAGCCUCCGGCUCGGCAUCAACAAGUGAUCGAUCGUGCCGUACGUGCGCGACGACGACGAGAUUUCAGAAGACUCUGUUGCGACUUUGGUUUUUAUUAGAGCCGACUUGCUGUGACUUUGAUUCGGUCAUUGUGUUCUGUCGGUGACGUGGACCUGCAUGCUACACUGCUCUUUGGCGCUGGGUUGCAACAAAAGGACAUGACUUGGUUACUCUGAAACUUUGACAAUAAUCGAUGUUUUACAUGUACUUCGUAUAUUAAA